AUGCCCGGACUGAACUUGGAUGCCUGCGCCAAUGUGAAAUGCCGGUUAGGUGAAUGGUGCAAUCAAGGUAAAUGUGAGUGUCAAGAUUCCUGCCCAUCCGAAUGGGACAACUACGAUCGUAAGCUUUGCGUGGAUGGCACCACCUAUCGACACGAAUGUGAUCUGUGGAGAAACCAGUGUUACUGUCGUACAGGAGAUCCUCGUUGCGGCGGUGAAACAUUCAAUAAUCAUCGGGCAAAUGAUGAUUCUUUGGUCAAAUACUUUGAUGAGUGCCGAGAUCUCAGUGGACUGUGUGAUUGGGAGCAACAGGCAGACACUUUCGCCCUCCGUUUGGGAAUGUGGUUCCAGGAACUGCUUCGUCAGAAAUGGUCUUCGGGGUCCGGAUACGCGGAUGACGAGAGCCUGUUGCGCCCCAUGGACAGCAAAGCUCGUGCAGCCACAACCAAACUUAUGUCGCAAACUUCGAUGGAGAAAGUUAACGGUGGUGUGAUUAGCUAUUGGUUCUGUGAAAUGGAUCGUCGUAACAAAGGGAGUUUGGAUCAGCGCGAUUUGAGCCUGUUGUACCAGGUUUUGCUCCCGUCCAAUUCCUGUCUCGAAUCGUUCAUGAACCGCUGUUCCAGCUCCGGGUCCAUUUCAUUUGAUCAAUGGCACAACUGCUUUGAAGUACCUCAGGGUAAGUGCAUUGGAAUGAGCGUUCGGUGUCACAAUCCGGUCUACUUUAUGGGACUGCCCGAUCGAUAG